CCCGGGGCCGAGCUGCAGCUGCGGCAGCAGCACCGCGGGGACGCGGCGGCCGCGGGGACACGGCCGGGCUCCGGGGACACGGCCCGGCUCAGGACAAGGGGCUUUGCUGCAGCCACACCGGGAGGUGCCGGGAUAAAGGCGGAUCUCAGCCCCGGUGCCCAGCGUCACCCGCGUUCUCCGCCCGCCCGGGCGCCGCUGUGGGGAUGGAGGAGGGACGGCGGCGGGCGCAGCGCUGGGCUUGUGGCUCCGGGGAUCCUCGGCUCUGCCUCGGCGCUGAGGUGUGCUGACCAUGCUGCCGCUGAUCCCGCCCGUCUGCGAGACCCCUGUGGAGGAGCACUUUUAGGGUUUGCUCUGCAGAUCCAUGGACCUGGACCCCCAUGCCAGCAUGCAAGUGGGGAUGAGGGUAGUGCGUGGAGUGGACUGGAAGUGGGGCAGCCAGGACAGCGGCGAGGGCAACGUGGGCACCGUGGUGGAGAUCGGCCGCACGGGCAGCCCCACCACGCCCGACAAGACCGUGGUGGUGCAGUGGGACCAGGGCAACAGAACCAACUACCGCACGGGCUUCCAGGGGGCCUACGACCUGCUGCUCUACGACAACGCCCAGAUAGGUGUCCGCCACCCCAACAUCAUCUGUGACUGCUGCAAGAAGCACGGCAUCCGAGGCAUGAGGUGGAAGUGCAAGAUGUGCUUUGACUACGACCUGUGCACCCAGUGCUACAUGAACAACAAGCACGACCUGUCCCACUCCUUCGAGCGCUACGAGACCGCUCAUUCCCAGCCGGUCCUCGUGAGCCCUCGGCAGAAUCUGACUCGCAUCACGUUAAAAGGGACUUUCCAGGGGGCUAAAGUGGUCCGUGGGCCUGACUGGGAGUGGGGGAACCAGGAUGGGGGUGAGGGCAAGAUUGGCCGCGUGGUCGAUAUCCGCGGCUGGGACGUGGAGACCGGCCGCAGCGUCGCCAGUGUCACCUGGGCAGAUGGCACCACCAACGUCUACAGGGUGGGCCACAAGGGAAAAGUGGACCUCAAGUGUACUGUGGAGGCUUCUGGGGGCUUCUACUACAAGGAGCACCUCCCAAAAUUAGGGAAACCAGCUGAGCUGCAGAGGAAGGAGAGCACAGACAGGCAUCCCUUCCAGCACGGGGACAAGGUGAAGUGCCUGCUGGACAUCGACAUCCUGCGCGAGAUGCAGGAGGGCCACGGGGGCUGGAAUCCCAAAAUGGCUGAGUUCAUUGGGCAGACAGGGACCGUGCACAGGAUCACGGACAGAGGGGACGUGAGGGUCCAGUUCAACCCUGAGACCCGCUGGACUUUCCACCCCGGAGCCCUGACCAAGCUCAACACCUUUUGGGUUGGUGAUGUGGUCCGGGUGAUAGAUGAUAUGGAAACAGUGAAGCGGUUCCAACCUGGUCAUGGGGAGUGGACAGAUGAGAUGGCACCUACCCUGGGGCACAUUGGGAAGGUGAUCAAGGUCUAUGGGGAUGGAGAUCUGCGAGUGUCAGUGGGGGGACAGUCCUGGACCUUCAACCCUGCCUGCCUGACAGCCUACCAGAGGGAGGAGGAGGCCAACCUGAUGACCACGGAGAGUGCCAAGGAGUCCAAAAGUACUUUGGUGACUGUCCUGGAGAAGCUGCUGUCCCAGAGGACAGAGUCAGAGCAUGCAGGGUGCCUGGUCAUUUGUGCAGCCCUCAACAACGCAGCUAAAAUCCGGGAGCUCCUCCAGAAGUACCCAGACAAGGUGGAUGCCAAGAACCAGGGCAGGACUGCCCUGCAGAUUGCCUCUUACCAGGGGCACCUGGAGGUGGUGAAGACCCUGCUGCAGGCACACGCCAACGUCGACCUGCGUGACGACGAGGGGGACACGGCGCUGCACUACGCAGCCUUUGGAAACCAAGCCGAAGUUGCCCGUGUGCUGCUGGCCAAGGGGGCCAGUGCAGACCUGCUGAACAAUGCCAAGUGCACAGCCCUGUUCGUCGCUGUCAGCCAAGGCUUCACCGAGGUGGUGAGAGCCCUCUGUGAGCUCAACUGUGAUGUCAACCUCCCAGAUGCCCGGGGAGACACCCCCCUGCAUUAUGCUAUCACCCUGGACUACAAAGUGGUGAUUGAGAUUCUCACUGAAGUUCCCAACAUCGAUUUCACCGUCAAGAACUGUCAAGGCUUCAACCUGCUCCACUAUUCUGCCCUGAAAGGCAACAAGCUAGCCAUAAAGAAAAUUCUGGCCAGGGCUCGACAGCUGGUGGACUCCAAAAAGGAGGAUGGAUUCACUGCCCUGCACCUUGCUGCCCUCAACAACCACUUGGAAGUGGCUGAAAUUCUCAUCAAAGAGGGUCGCUGUGACGUGAACGUGAAGAACAGCAGGAAGCAGAGCCCGCUGCACCUGGCAGUGAUCCAGGGCCACGUGGGCAUGGUGCAGCUGCUGGUGAGCCAGGGCAGCGACGUCAAUGCCGAGGAUGAGGAUGGGGACACGGCCAUGCACAUCGCCCUGGAGCGCCAGCAGCUCAUGGCCCUGGCCCUGGAGAAGAGGGACGGGGACAUGGGGGGCACCCUGCUGGCCAAGCUGCAGGCUUCUGGCUUGCUGGGAAAUGUGGAGCUGAACGUUGGGACUGCCAUGGCCUGCUACUUAGCACAAGAAGGAGCAGAUAUUAAUUAUGCAAAUCAUCGGGGAAAGUCUCCUUUGGACCUCAUCACAGAUGGGAGGAUUGUCCAGAUUGUCAAAGACUUCUCACAGAAAUUCAGGGAUCAGCAGGUUUCUUCUGGGAGCUCCAGCAUCACCUGCAGCCUUCGCCGUGUGCACACCACGCCCAACACCAUGACCAACCUCAGUGUCUCCAGCCUGGCAGUGCCCACAGAGUGCCUGGUCUGCUCAGAGCUGGCCUUGCUCAUCCAUUUCUUCCCGUGCCAGCACAGUAUUGUGUGUGAAGAGUGCUCCAGGAGGAUGAAGAAGUGCAUCAAAUGUCAAGUGACAAUAACCAAAAAGCUGAAACAAGACAGCACGGAGGUGGAGUGCAGCCCCAGCUCGGAGGGCACGGAGCAGAGGAAGCUGAUGGAGGAGCUGCAGAGCCGCUACCGGCAGAUGGAGGAGAGGAUCACCUGCCCCAUCUGCAUCGACGACCAGAUCAAGCUGGUGUUCCAGUGCGGGCACGGCUCGUGCCCAGACUGCAGCACGGCGCUGACCGUGUGCCCCAUCUGCCGCCAGGCCAUCCGCGAGAGGAUCCACAUCUUUGUCUGAGGGUGCUCCUCCUCCCUGUGCCCCAUCGGCCGCCAGGCCAUGCAGGACAGGAUCCACAUCUUUGUCUGAGCCUGCUCCUCCUGUGCCCCAUCUGCCGCCAGGCCAUGCAGGACAGGAUCCACAUCUUCGUCUGAGGGAGUUCCAUCAGCCCCAUCUGCCUCCAGGCCAUCCAGGACAGGAUCCACAUCUUCAUCUGAGGGUACCCCUCCUCCCUGUGCCCUGUCUGCUCUGGGGGAGGAUCCACAGCUUCCUCUGAGGGUGUUCCUCCUCCCUGUGCCCCAUCUGCCCAGAGGUGGAUCCACAUCUUUGUCUGAGGGUGUUCCUCCACCCCCAUCUGCCCCGGGGGAGGAUCCACAGCUUCCUCUGAGGGUGUUCCGUCACCCCCCAUCUGCCUCCAGGCCAUCCAGGAGGGGAUCCACAUCUUUGUCUGAGGCUGCUCCUCCUCCCUGUGCUCCAUCUGCCCAGGACAGGAUCCUCAUAUUUGUCUGAGGGUGUUCUUCCACCCCCAUCUGCCUCCAGGCAAGCUGGGGGAGGAUCCACAUCUUCCUCUGAGGAUGCUCCUCCUCCCUGUGCCCCAUCUGCCUCCAGGACAUCCAGAACAGGAUCCACAGCUUCCUCUGAGGGUGUUCCUCCACCCCCAUCUGCUGCCAGGCCAUCCAGGACAGGAUCCCCA